AUGGAGCUUUUUGCUGAGUUAGUUUUCCGCACCGGAACGUACCUCUGGGAAAAGGAGCAACCCCAGGCUGCGCGAUCAUUUUUUGAAUUUGGUCUUAGGCUUGAUAUAAGUCAUUCUACCAAAAAUUCUGCGCAGGCGUACCGUUUAUUAGGCCACAUUGCAUUGGAUAUGGCGCAGCCAGCAGUUGCAUUAUCUUCAUACGAACAAGCACUGAACAUCAGGAAAUCGCUUGAAGGACCAAAUUCGCCCUCGGUAGCGGAUGUAUAUGACUCAAUCGCUUGCAGUUAUACAGAGCAAGGGAAUGUUGUUGAUGCCUUCGAGUACCUUUUAAAGGCGGUUAAUAUCCAUAAUGCGAACAACCCGCUGCUUAUGGCCAGAACCCAGGCAAUAUAUGCUAUGACAUACCUCCGAGCAGGGCAACCGGAUAAAGCUCUGAUCGCACUACAGCACUGUUGGCAUCUGCAAGACUUGACAGAAGAGCAGGUUAUUCAGUCAAAAUAUCCUAAACAUAGUGGCGAUAUUAUCCUCCUUGCCAGGAUCAAGUAUGCCCAAGGGUUGAAAGAGGAAGCUCAACAACUUGCCUCAAGAACGAUCUCCAUUCUGUCUAGAAUGUUGGAGGCUGAUGAUGAGAAUGUGUUGGCUGCGAGGCUUUUGGGGGAAAUCGUAGAGAUGAGCCGAGGCGUACCGGAAAUGCAAGGCCAUCUCGCCCGGUCAUUAUGGUUUCUGGCAAUAGUAGAGGAUAAGAUGGGAGAGUCUUCCACGGCGGAACCACUAAAAGCCGAGGCAAAGAAUGCACGCAAUAAGAUCUGUGGAAAUGAAGGAAUGAAUGAUAUUGGUAACGAUUCAUUCAUGAACUUAGUUCCGUGGAUGCUGUGGUGA